AACUCUGAGCUAUACGUCCGACCUAUACACUUGCCCCACAGUACUCCCACCACCAGUAGCUGCUACCUUAGAAUCUGAACCCAAUUCAUCAAAAAAAAGCUAGCGUAAUUCUUCCUCCAAUGGGCAGCUACGCCAAGCACAUGAUCCUAUGCCACUCCAACAUCGCCAAGUCCCAAGGCGACCUCCAUCAUCGGCGGCUGCAACAAGCGGCCCAUCCAUCCUCAACUCGGCCCGCCGAGGAGAAGCCGAGGGCGACGCGGCGGUGGGCUCUGCCUUUCACGGUCCUGGCAGCCUCCCCGAUGCCGGGGUUGAGACGACCGCCACCGUCGGCCCAGGCGCAGAGCUGGGGCACGCAUUCGUUCCUGAAGGAGAAGUACUUCCAGCCGGGGAUGACGGCGGAGGAGUCGGCGGCGAGGAUCCGGCAGACGGCGGAGGGGCUGCGGGACAUCAGGCACAUGCUGGAUACCAUGUCGUGGCGGUACGUGAUGUUCUACGUUCGGCUCCAGGAGGCCUACCUCGACUCCGACCUCAAGAACGCCAUGGCCACCGUCCCCGAGGCCCGCCGCAAGUCCUACAUCAAGACUGCCAAUGAAAUCGUCGAUAACAUGGCCGAGCUCGACCGUUAUGUGAGAUCUCCCAAGGUAUACGAAUCCUACCUCUACUACGAGAAGACGCUGAAAUCAUUGGAUGAACUGAUAGCAAUGCUGGCUUGAUCAUGGGAGACCAAAUGCGCUGAAGUUGGCUACGGUGUUUGAGCCGUAGGGUGGACGACAAUCUGCAGCACAAGAGCCUGUUCGAUGCAAGGAAGUUUUGAUGGAGCCAUGGGUUGAGCUUGCAGCAUCGGAUUGUUGCUGUUUCAAGAUGUAUUUAAAGGAAGAACAUGUUUUUUCAGUUCACGCCUUCAUUUAGUGAAAAUCUUACUUCUUUGGUGUUAAAAGUUCUAAUUUGCA